AUGUUGCGAAAUAUCAACCAACCGCGUCUGUGCAACGGCACACGGUUAGCGAUAAAAAAAUUACUGAACAACGUGAUAGAAGCAACUAUACUGAAAGGAAAGUAUAAAGGAGAGGAUGUUCUCAUACCGUGCAUCCCAAUGAUUCCGACUGAUGUGCCAUUUGAGUUUAAGCGACUACAGUUUCCAGUGCGGCUUGCUUUUGCUAUGACCAUAAACAAGUCCCAGGGGCAAUCAUUAAGUGUUUGUGGUAUUAAUUUGGAAAACCCAUGUUUCUCACAUGGUCAAUUAUAUGUUGCCUGUUCCCGUGUUGGGAAACCAUCAGAUUUGUUUGUCUAUGCGCCAGGUGAUCAAACAAUAAACAUCGUAUACCACAAAGCACUACAAUGA